AUGGCUGGCUCCGCGUACUCCCCGCCCUACCCUUGGUUCCACUUAGCGGGGCCGAAGCAGUCAUCGCCAGAACACAAAUACUACCCUCCUCCUACAUCACCAGCGUGCCUUCGAACUUUGACCUCAUUGCUCUACUUGCUUAGCCCAGUCGGAGACCUGCAUGUCCACUCGCCACACUUGCUCAGCUAGGCAGUGCGAUGCGCUUCCGGCCACACGUACAUAGUGUACUCACGUAUAUGCAAUUGUCCUCUUCCAUAUGCCUGCAACCUCCACAGCUUUCAAGGGUCCUCUUCAUGUUCCCACUUGACACAGUUCCCACUUGACACAGUUCGUCUCUCAAUUCUCCUUUCUCAACUCUACGACGACACGGUAGCUGCAUACCCUAUGUCCACCACACUCUGUAUCCCGCAAACUGCCCUGGCCAUGGAGCUGGAUUUCCUGAGUGACCCGGAGGACUGGUCCGACUUCGGCCAGAUGGAUGUCAAUGAGGACACAUCAACACCGGAGGAGGCCUCAGCGCUGCACGAGUUCGUACAGGCCUACAAUACCCCAAGCGCCCUGGACGCGGAGGAGACAGCUCGCAAGCUCAUGUCGCUAAAUGAGGACCGCAUACCAUGCGAUGGCGACUUCGACAAGGGCAUCCGAAUUGCCUGGCUGCUAUAUGGUGUUGGCAUCAAGAUGGUACAACAUCAAGUCGCUAUCCUGGUAGUUGCCGACGCCGUUAUGGCCCUUCCCCGCUUAGAUGCGACACCUGAGCAGGAAGUCCGGUUCGGGGAGGAGAAGUUGGAGCGGUGGAGGACAUUGGAGGACUUUUGGGGUAUCUGCUGGAACGACAGAUGGGAUAGGUAUAACGAGUUUCGGUAUGGUAAUGGAUUUUGCGGCUACAUCCGUGCGAAUGCAUGGGUGGCCCGUCAUCUUGUGCUACACCCCCCCAACAUUUACUACACCACUGAGCUAAAUGUAGCCUUCAGCCGGAUGAUGUUGGCCCUUGAGAAAGAUCCGUGGAACUAUCCUGGUGUGCGAGAAGAUGAUGAUGUCAGCAUCCGCUCGCCCAAAGACUAUACUAUUACCACGCUUAACACCGACGUUCAUGUCUUGGUCCCAUUCCUGGUGAUAGCAGGAGAUAUAAUGUACCGAUAUACCGACAGAGAGAUGAUGGCUCGGAGGUUCGCAGAGGCACAUCAAGAAAACCAUGAGCACAACACAAGGGAGUAUUGGCAGGAAUUCAGUUCAAACCGUUCCGAAAGAUCCUUGUGGAAGGCAGAGAAGAAGGUCGACCAAUAUGAAUGGUUGACGCGAGAGAGGUGGGCUUUUUGGAAGAAAAGAUUGGUAUGGAUUUCAGAGCAGACCGAGCUCUUACAACGGACUCGGGACGAGGCGAUCAUGCUUGUGCAGCUAAUGACGGAGAUUGAGGGUCGUGGGGCGUAAACACCAAGGAACGUAUCACGCUAGGAGACACAGUCAACGUCAAUGGACACAAUGCAUUAUCGCCUUCCCCUUGAGGCUGGUGCCUUGUUGCUGUCGGUCUUGCAGGGCAGGUAGCAAAAACAUAUUUGAUUCUACAACCCAAACAACAAUAGUGGCGGAAAGUAACAUGUUCCGGUUAAAAUUCGCCGUCACAACACUACCUACCUACUUUGGAAUGGUCCACUCUCUCCCCCCUGGU